AUGGAGGAUUCACGCGAUACCAUGCUGAGCUUUCUGCAGCAACACAAGCAGCUUAUUCGUCAGCGCACCGUCGACCCCUCCGCCCUCAACGCGGCUCCCCCGGCCUCUCGCGUGGACCUCCGUGUCUCGCCCGAGGCGGAUGGGAAGCCCUGGGCUUCGCGGCGUCCGCCCUCGGCCAAUCCCAACGUCCUCCACGCUGGGGAGAAUCUCCAGGCCUUUCUCGAGCACCACUACCGCGUCUUUCACCUCUUUGCCGAGGACAGCAGUCGGCUGGAGCUCGAGCUGACCGCCGACCUCUCCGCGCAGGACCGAAAGGCGCUGCACAGCCUGGCCGAGGCCUGCAAUUUGGCCCACCACUCCAACGAGAACCCCACGACGCACCAGCGCAGUUUGACCAUCCAGAAGGACGUGCUGUUCUUUAAAAACCGCAAUGGCUUCCGCGGGGUCGACCUGGCGGCCCUCGCGCGGCGGAUCGGGUCGAAGGACUCUAAAUUUGACCUCCGCCGCGUCCGGGCAGGGGACCCCGGCCGGCGCGAGGUCGGGGCGAUCGGGGGUUACGAUGACGAGACGGCCCUCACGAAAAUUAUGCGGUUUAAACACUUCACAGAUGAGUACCGCCAUGCGGUGGAGAUGGGGUACUCCCAGGAAGAUGCCCUCGCGAUGCGGGCGGGGGAUGGGGAAGGGGCGCGGCUGGAGGAGCUCCUUCGCCGCCCGGCCCCGGCGGCGGACGAGGCCGAGUUGCUUCCCCCGACCGCAGGGAGACCGCUCCUCGUGGGAUCGCCAAACCAUCUGGAGAAGGAAGGGCCGCCUGAUUUGACAGCCUCGCGAUGGGCAAGCGAGGGGGCGAAUUCCCCUUCGGCUCGGGAGUGCCCCAUCCCCUCUACCACCCACGCGGGGGCUUCAGAAAAGCGCUUUGUCGAACACUGCCGUGGGUGUGGUUCACAGGGGGAGGUCGACUACCCGAUCGAAGGCUGGAGCUGCCAGAAGUAUUGCUCGUGUUGUGCGCGGCAUACGAUAUGGUGUUUAACCGAGCAGGCCGACUGCCCACGCCGGGGCGAGUUCACCUCCCCCAAAAGGCGCCGUCCGGACGACCUGGAAAGGGGUGAGGUGCUUUCCGAUGAUGGGUUCAAGGUCAAGAAACAGCCGCGCGUAGUAAAGGAGUCGAUCGAGAGAGAGUCUGACGAAUCAGAAGAGGAGGAAAACCACGUUGAGGAGAUUGAUCUCGAGGAAGAGGACCCUAUUACGGUCGAAGAUGUGGUCGAUAUGGCUUGCACCAAUGACUUUGCAGCGGCGGAUACGAAUUGGCUGAGACACUUUGCCUCUGUGAAUGCUUCCCAUCUAGCUGAGUGCGUCUUUUUUUGCAUUAAAUACGAGGAUAUGUUAGAUAUCUACGCAAGAUUUGAGCGCACCAUUCAGAAGGAGGCGAAGAAGCGUCAUAGGGAUAAUUUAUCCAUCGCCAGAGGGGGAAGCAACUCCUGCGCCGACGUAGGGGUGCCAUCUGAUGCGGUAGGCUGCGUUUAUGUGGUGAUUCGUGAAGACCUGUUGAAAAACCUUAAAACCACCGAUCUCAUACAGAAAAUGUGCGCCGCAUCUUUCUCUUUUCCACCAAAUCCAACACCUUCUUCCGUGGGCAACAUGCCUAGCAACCCAAAAGAUUCUGCCGAGGCUAUUCUUCAGCAUAUCGGUUUGGCAUUUUUAAAUGCAUCGGUCUACGGUUCGACAACGACUGCGGUCUGUCAGCUACGGCCGUGUGUUCCUUCGGUAUGGUCUAAUAUUAUAUCACCAUUUCUUUAUUUAAAUAAGGAGGUAAUGCUUAGUAUGCAGCAAGAUCAUGGAAAGGCUUGUUUUUACCUUGCGAGUAGCUUGGAAGAUGCUGUGCGGUUUGUUGUUAAGGAGGAGUAA